UCACAAAAAUUGUCUGACCAACAUUUCGCCAACAGAGGAGAGAGCAGUGGUGGAACAGAUUGAACACCAGAUGUCAGCAAUGGACAACAAAGUGUCUGACUUGGAGACAGAGAACGAUGAACUGAAGAAAGAGCGAAGUCAGAUGGCUGCCAAGAUGAAGGACCUGGAAACCAAAUUAGAGGAGGCCAAGAAUCAGGCAGAACUCCAGACCACCCUAGCUAUGGGUACCAACACAGAGGAAUUGUCGGAACAGAUCACCCGCCUCCAGUCUCAGGUAAAGUUGGACACAGCUUUGUCUCAGGAAAAAGCUGCACACCAAAACACCAAGGAUGAGCUCGAAAACCUCCACAAGCAGAUGGCUGUGUUACGAGAGGAGACAAAUAAUGAGAAGGCUGACAUCAAAGCUAAAAUAGACAGCAACAACAAAACAUCCAAGGCUAUCAUUAAGGCUAUGGAACAGGAGCUGGACAAGUCCAAGACUCGAAUUGAUGAGUUGGAGAAGGAAAGACUGGCCAACGUACCGAUGGACACAGCCAAGGAAAUAAAAAAUCUACAGACUAAGAUUGCAGCCCUUGAGAAGGAGAAGACUACCUCAGGUACAGCAGCUGCUGGACUAACUGGUCAGUUGUCUGAACUACAGACCAAGCUAGACAGUGCUAACAAAAAUCUGGAGAGCCAGCGAGCGGCAAAUAGGGAUCUGGAGGCCAAGUUUAAGAAUGCUAAAACAGAAAAGGAUAAGGCUGUGAGAGAUGCAGUGUCAGCACAGGAAAAGAAGGACCAGACCAGAAUCAACGAUGACAAAAAACGGAUCAAUGCACUCGAGAAAAGGAUCAAGGAGCUGGAAUCUGCUGGAGUAAAACCAGGCGGUAAGGGUGGUACCUCUGAUGCUGCAGUGAAGGCUAUGAGAGAACAGAUGACCAAAAUCAAACAAGAGAACAAUGAGCUGAACAUGCGACUCAAACAACUGGAAAUGGACAUGAAGCGGGGCGGUCGACCAGGAACUGCAGCUGUAGGUGGAACAGUUGAUGAUAAAAAUGCACAGAAAAGGAAUGAGAAGAUUCUGAAAGAACUGGAAAAGAAGAUUGAAAUAGAGAAAAAUAAAACAACAAAACUGGAUGAAAAUCUGAAAAGUACUGAAGAGGAACUCAAAGUAACAAAGAAGGAACGUGACAACAGCGUGAAUGAGUUGAAGAAGGUAAAGGUGGAGCUAGAUGCUUUAGGUACGGCAGCCAAGGAGGGAGUAGAGGCUGCUACUAAAGUCAAAAACUUGGAAAAAGAAAAUAAAAAACUUGGAGAGGAAAACAAGACACUUACCGAGAACUACAACUCUGAGAGGGUACUCAGGAGAAAGUAUUACAACAUAGUUGAGGACAUGAAGGGGAAGAUCCGAGUCUACUGUCGAGCCAGACCUUUAAGUGGGUCGGAAAAAGAAAGAGGUAAUGUGUCUGUCCUCAAGUCUCCCGAUGAAUACUCCAUCAGUGUGGACUCAUCCCGUGGCACCAAGGAGUUCACUUUCGACCAAAUCUUCAUGGAGACCACACCACAGGAGAAGGUUUUCGAGGACACCAAUAACUUGAUCCAGUCAGCUGUUGAUGGGUAUAAUGUGUGUAUCUUUGCCUAUGGACAGACAGGUUCAGGUAAAACAUACACUAUGAUUGGUGACAAGGAACAAAAAUACCCAGGAAUUGCACCCAGAGCAUUUGAAAGAAUCUUUGAUUUGGCUCAAGAACUUCGAACCAAGUUCACCAUCACUGUGACAGCCUACAUGAUGGAGCUGUAUAAUGACAAACUCAUUGACUUGUUCGCCAAGCCUGGGACAUCAGAUGAUGAUAGGAUGGAGAUUAAGAAGGACAAGAAGGGCAUGGUUUUUGUACAGGGAUCGUGUGUUAAAGCAGCAAAUAAUGCCAAAGAACUUGGUGCUCUAUUUGAUGAGGGCAGCAAGAACAGACAUACUGCCUCUACAAAGAUGAAUGACGAGAGUUCUCGUUCCCAUCUGAUUAUUGGGAUUAUGAUGGAGAGUACCAACAAGGCUACAGGACAGGUCCUCAAAGGAAAGCUCAGUCUGGUGGAUUUGGCUGGUAGUGAGCGUGUGGCUAAGACUGGGGCUGGAGCAGAACAGCUGAAAGAAGCUAUGUCCAUCAACAAGUCCUUGUCUGCUCUGGGAGAUGUGAUUUCUGCACUGAGUAGUGACCAGCAGUUCAUUCCCUACAGAAACAAUAAACUCACCAUGUUGAUGCAGGAUUCAUUGGGAGGCAACGCUAAGACUCUUAUGUUUGUCAACAUCUCCCCUGCAGACUAUAACCAGGAUGAAACCAUUAUAUCUCUGAUGUAUGCCUCCAGAGUCAAGCUGAUCACUAAUGAUGCAUCCAAGAAUGCUGACAACAAAGAAAUUGCCAAGCUGAAGAAUAUCAUUGCCAAGCUGAAGAAGGGAGAAAGUGUGGAUGACAUGGAAUAAACAUCUCCGCUAUAAUGUUUAUAAUAGAUUGUCGUAGAUACUUUACGAAAAUAUGUUAUGAUGCACUUUCUUACAUGUCUGCUGUAAUAAUCUUCAGAUAUUGGAAAUACAAGAGAAUUGAAAUAACACUAUGUCUGACAUUCAUUUUAAAAUUAAGUUACAGGAUUAAAGCUGAAACACUAAAACACAGGCAGGAAUUAGUAAGACUUGACAUUCUUAUACAAAGAGACUGCCAUAUGUUACAGAAUCUGAUGUCUACAGCAGAUCUAUCGACUCUUUGUCUAUGUUUUAAUCUCAAGCAUAGAAAAUAUCAUUGCUUUUAUUGCCUACUAGAACUGGCUAAUAAUUACACACAAUUAAAAGGAAAUUCACUGUCUUCUUGUUAUUCCAGAUAUAUUACAUAUUUGAAGUGCAUUUUUCCUAUCAUAUUAAGGCUUUGUAACUUGGAAAAAUAUGUUGAUGGUUGAUUUCUUCCAUAUCAA